UUGUAUACCAUACUUUGGAGCUCCGUGCAUGUGUAAUUAGCUAGCUAGCUGAUUGGCUUGAUAUUUUUUCCCAGAGUUCGAUGGUUUGCUUCUGUUUCAUGGUGGAUCAGAAGAGGAAGGUGAGGAGCACGAAGCCGGUGGCCGGAACUUGCUCCCGGUGCGGUGGAGGAGCCAGCGUCGGCGACAUGAUAACGGCGACACGGUUUUGUUAUGUACCGGUUUAUUGGAAGUCUUGGAAAGCUAUCAUGUGUACUUUCUGUGGAGCUAUCCUUAAAUCUUACAGAUGAUUCAAGCUGUACGAGUGAGUGUCAUGGCGUUUUUGUGGAGCAGCUAGGUGCUUUCCAGCAUACAAAAUGUCAUCAACUCCAGGUUGUUCUGGAAGAACUACAAGUACCCUGGCCGCCUCUUCUUCUCUCCAGCUUUCGUUUGUUUGGCUCUGUGAUUUUAUAGAUUUCGAGUGAUCAAAUGCAUUGCCCGGUUUGGAUGCUAGAUGAGAUACAAACUAUCUCACAUGAGCUUUACUUUAUCUUUCAUCUGUCUAUAGAUAUAUCCAAACGGUAGAAAACAAAAUUUUAUCUCAUCUUGAUUUUUCCACCAUCUGUACAG